CAACACGCUCCUCCCCGCCGCGAGCUCCGCUUAUCUCAAUUCUCCGCCGUUGUGCUGCUCACCCCCACCGAGGAGUGCGGCCAUGGCGGGAGCCUUCUCCCUCCGCCUGGGACCGCGCAUCGCGGGGACGCCACCGCCGCCGGCGAGCGCGACGAAGGGCGAGGGAAGAGGAGGGGGCCGUCCUACCGGCAGCCGAGCUCUGGUGUCAAAGAAGCCAAACAAGGAGCAUCAUUUAUGGAUAAGGAAGGAUUCAGCUGGGUCAGGGAAAAAGGCUCUUCAUCUUGUUAAUACUGUUUCAAAGUUACCAAAUGAGAAAGAAGCUGUUUAUGGUGCAUUGGAUAAGUGGACUGCCUUUGAGCCCGAAUUCCCUACUAUUGCAGCAGCAAAAGCUUUGGAAAUGUUGAAAAGGCGGAGACAAUGGCUGAGAAUCAUCCAGGUAGCCAAGUGGUUGAUGAGCAAAGGCCAGGUGCUGACAUGGACAACGUAUGAUACACUACUGUUGGCUCUUUUUAUGGAUGGAAGGAUAGAUGAGGCUGAGUCGAUUUGGAAUAAUAUCAUACAAACUCAUACACGUUCAGUACCCAAGAGGUUGUUUUCCCGGAUGAUCCUGAUAUAUGACACCCGCCAUUGUCCAGACAAGGUUUUGGAGAUAUAUGCUGACAUGGAGGAGCUAGGGGUGCAUCCAGACGAGGAUACAACAAGAAGGAUCGGAAGAGCAUUUGUGACUUUAGGCCAGGAAGAUAAAGAAAAGAUUGUCCUCGAGAAAUACUUGAAGAAGUACAAGUACAUGCAUUUCAAUGGUGAGCGCGUUCGGGUGCGAAGGGGAGGACCUUUGACAUAGUAAGCAUUCUCCCAAUGUCAACGCUUGAAGCCUUGAACCAUGUAAUGAUGAGACGACCUAGAAGGACACACCUUCAAUGUAUUUAGCAGUUACUGACCCUGGUCCUUUGUGAUUACUGUCUUUCCUGAGGCUGUACAAAGAUUUCUGUCGUUCCUCUUAUGUGAAAGCAUGGUUAGAUUGUACUGCUUUGUAGGCAAAUGAACAGUGGACUCAAUACAGUUACUAACUAGAUACUGGUUUAGUUAAUGGAAAGCAUUGUGAUGCUCCAAACAAGUAAGAUGUGAUUCUCCAAUGGGUAUUUGGAACACCAGUGUAAUGACCAUUUCCCCUUGUUUC